GAGUCGAAGCGCUUUGGAGUUUCUGACACCUUGAGAACUGUGAUGGGCAGUGGAAAGAAGAGGGAAAGGUGCCCAUGGCGUCGGAGGGGCGCAAGGUCAAGUACCACUGGAGCAGCACGUCGGAAGGGCGCCCCAGCAAGCGCGGCUGCCUCCGGGAGCCCGGUGAUGUGGCCUCCUCCAGCCGCCGGCCAGCUCCCAGCUCUGCGUCGCGGGCGGGAGGGCCCAGCUGCCCCAAGCGCCUGAAAGCCCAGGAGGACGAUGUGGCUUGCACGCCGCGGUCAUCCCGGGGCUCAUCCCACCGCAGAAAUUCCUCCUCUUCCUCCUCCUCCUCCUCCUCUCAUUCCUCGGGUCCGCGUGUGGGCAGAGCCGCCCCCAAAGGCGGCCUGAUUCGGAGCACUCGGGGAUUCCUUUCGUCAGGGGCAUCCCCUGUGCGCCCUGCCGAUCCCUCUCUAGAAGAAAUGGCUUCUCUAGAGGAGGAAGCCUGCAGCCUUAAGGUUGAUUCCAAAGAUAGUUCUUGUAACUUUACGAACUCAGAAUUUGCAGCUGAAGCUGAGGGUCAGAAUGCUACGAUUGAAGAACCAAACAAGGUCCAGAAAAGGAAGAGGGAUAGACUUCGAGACCAAGGCUCCACAAUGAUCUAUUUGAAGGCUAUCCAGGGCAUCUUGGGGAAAUCGAUGCCAAAAAGGAAGGGAGAGGCUGCCACAAGGGUAAAGCCAAGCACAGGAGAGCGUCCCAGCCGUGGAGAAGGACCAGCCAGGAGUGUCACAGUCCCUGCUCCUCGGAAAGAGAAAGAGCCAGCCCUGGAGAUCAGAGUGGAGGAGGAAAAGGCUGUGCCACAGAGGAGUAACUUCUGUGACAGGAGAGUGAUUAUAGAUCCUCCAGAGAAACCCAGUGAGGAGCCUCUUGGUGACCGAAGGACAGUCAUUGACAAAUGCUCUCCACCCCUUGAGUUUUUGGAUGACUCUGACUCUCAUUUAGAAAUCCAAAAGCAUAAGGAUAGGGAGGUGGUGAUAGAGCAACCCUCUUCAGGAAGCGACUGGUCUGAUGUGGAUGAGAUCUCCACAGUCAGAUUCUCUCAGGAGGAGCCUGUCGCGCUGAAGCUCUCAGCAGUUCCAGAGCCUUCUUCCUUCACCACUGACUAUGUCAUGUACCCGCCUCAUUUGUACAGUAGUCCCUGGUGUGACUAUGCCAGCUAUUGGACCAGGAGCCCCAAGUCUUCAGGCUACCACUCCGUGGGCAGCAGCAGUGACACGGCCCAGGCUGGCGGGAGCAGCCGGAAUCUCCUGAGUGAUUAUUCCCCCAACUCUACAGUGAGCUCUCAAAAGACUUCCAGAGACUUGGAAGCCACCGAGGAAGGCAGAUCCCAAAAUUCUCGUUCAUUUCACUUCUCCAGAAGUUCAGACGAAAAAGAGGUGAAGGAGAAAAGAACAUUCCAAGAGGAAAUGCCUCCACGUCCUUGUGGAGGGCACGCAUCUAGCUCCCUGCCCAGGAGCCACAGGGAGCUGAGUCUAGAGGAGGGUUUCAUUGACACCCACUGUCACUUGGACAUGCUGUAUUCCAAGUUGUCUUUCAAGGGGACCUUCACUAAGUUCAGAAAAAUUUACAGCAGCUCCUUCCCGAAGGAGUUUCAGGGCUGCAUCUCUGACUUCUGUGAUCCUCGGACACUGACAGAUUGCCUGUGGGAGGAGCUGUUGAAAGAGGAUCUGGUUUGGGGGGCCUUUGGUUGUCACCCUCAUUUUGCACGUUACUACAGUGAGAGUCAAGAAAGAAAUCUUUUGCAAGCCUUAAGGCACCCCAAGGCAGUGGCAUUUGGGGAAAUGGGCUUGGAUUACUCAUAUAAGUGCACCACGCCUGUCCCAGAACAGCACAAGGUAUUUGAGAGACAGCUGCAGCUGGCUGUGUCUCUGAAGAAGCCUUUGGUGAUUCACUGCCGGGAAGCUGAUGAAGAUCUGCUAGACAUCAUGAAAAAAUUUGUGCCCUCUGACUACAAGAUCCAUAGGCACUGCUUCACUGGCAGCUACCCAGUCAUCGAGCCCCUGCUCAAGUACUUUCCAAACAUGUCUGUGGGCUUCACGGCAGUCCUGACAUACUCCUCUGCCUGGGAGGCCCGGGAAGCUCUGAAACAGAUCCCACUGGAGAGAAUCAUCGUGGAAACUGAUGCUCCCUACUUCCUCCCUCGUCAGGUUCCCAAAAGCCUUUGCCAGUAUGCCCACCCAGGCCUGGCCUUGCAUACAGUUCGAGAGAUUGCCAGGAUCAAAGACCAGCCGCUCUCCCGCACCUUGGCCAUCUUGCGUGAGAACACCAGUCGCCUCUACAAUCUUUAAACUGAGAGUGCACAGUCAGGAGUCUCCCAGAAAAGGGCGACCAGCGGUCUGACAUUACACAGACUGGGUUUGAACUCUGCCUGUGUCCCACAUCGCGGAUGUGUUUGGAGAGCCCACUGGAAUAGAGAAAACAGAACAGGGUGUUUUUCUUGAAACUUCUCCAUAAGGCUUCAGAUUAUGGUUGGUGGGUGGGGUGGGUGUGGGAUUAGGGAUAAGGGGAACUGCCCCUAAUAGCAGUGAGGUUUUGCCACCCAGCCAAAAUGCUCCAGGGUAGGCAGUGAAGAAGAAAAAGUGCGAUAUAAGGGUACAGUGAGUUUGCCAAUCCAAGUCCUGUUCUCCGCAGCCUGUGUUUUUGAGCAGGCUGUGAAUAAAGUCACCCUCCUACUCAUCUAAGCACAUGUGGGUGUGUAACUCA